ACUGCUUGAAAGCUUGAAACCCUGAAAACUUUGUUUUGUUUCCAAUUUCCAUGGAAAACCGGGAAAACCGUAAAAUGCAUAACAUUUUGCCUAUUUAAGUUCAACCUAAAUCGUUUGUAACGAGUUUCGUAAUCUAAGCGAUGGUAUUGAGUUCUUUACAGAGUUGGCUUUCUAAAGCGCCAAACUAUACAAUAUUCAGAGUAAAUAGGUUAUCAAAGUUUGAUCAGUUUGAUUGUACUAAUUUGCAAAAAUACUUAGAAGUUCAAAGCAAAACUCUUAAUAGUCCAGUAAUCCCGAAGAUAACUUUUGUAAAGCCUGACUGUUUUGUUAUCGAGUCAUGGCCUGCGGACACUGUUGUAGAGAGAAGUAGAAAUGAAGUUAUAGUGGAUACUAUGUGUGCAGCUGCAGUGUUGAGGGGUGCGCAUGUUUAUGCACCUGGAGUACUUGGGCUCUCCCCUAAUUGCCAACUGGAUGAGAAGAUUGACAUUUAUGCUGAUUUGGAUGCUCAAUGUAAGAGAGGUCUGAAAAUACAAUAUGAUGGAAAUAAACAGUAUGUUGGAACUGGGCAUUUAAAAAUGUUACGUCGUGAAUUGUUUGACAAUGGAAUACAAGCAAGUGGUAUAGCAAUACAUACACUGCUCCCUGCAUCAAGAUUGCCUGUGAUCAAUGAGACUGUAUGCCCCAAGGGACAAUUACUACUGCAGAAUUUUCCGUCAAUUGUGGCUGGAUGGGUUGUUGAUGCCAAACCAUUUGAGUAUAUUUUGGAUAUGUGUGCUGCUCCAGGAAACAAAACCACCCAUUUGGCUGAAAUGUCUGACAACAAAGCACAUAUUGUAAGUAUCGAUAAAAGUGAACAAAAAGUAGCUAAGAUAAAGCAAUCCUGUGAAACACAGGGUGUUUCUUGUGUCGAUGCAUAUGUUUAUGAUUCAAGAAAAUGCCAUUUAGAUGGUGCUGCUGAUAUGAAAUGUCCACCAUUUCCUUCUAAUACUUUUGAUAAAGUUCUUUUGGAUGCCCCCUGUAGUGGCUUAGGACAAAGACCACAACUAAGUGAUUGUAAAAUGUCUCUGAAAAUGUUACAAUCCUACAAAUUUGUUCAAAGACAAUUAUUUGAUGCGGCUGUGCAAGUAUUAAAAUUGGGUGGAAAAUUAGUUUACAGCACAUGUACUGUAACAGUAGAUGAGAAUGAAGGCAUGGUCGCAUGGGUGUUGGAGAAGUUCCCUUGUUUACAACUUAUACCAGCAGAGCCAUAUUAUGGAGGACCAGGUUUGCCGAACGUUGGUCUAUCAGAUGAACAAAGGGUAAUGGUGCAACGAUUUGGGCCAGAGGAAGAUCCAUUACGGAAAGUACAAAAUCUGUCUAAAAAUACCAUAGGUUUCUUUAUAGCUGCAUUUAUAAAAAUCAAUGAUCAUAAACCCAAUGUUCAGUCAAAAAAAAACUAGAUGUUAUAAAUACAUGUUAUUUUUUUA